GAGGGGGUGGUUGUUGAAAAUGAAAAUAGAUGGUUGAAACUUGAAAGCUUCCUUCCGGGGUGGGUGGGUGGCUGGGUAUUUCUUUCUUUCUUUCUACUAGGUCUCCUUCCUUCCUUCAACAUCACACACACACCGCGUAUCAUCAUCAUCAUCGAUCGUCGAUUAACUUUCGUUCUUCGCUAUUACUCGAAGGUUGCCAAAUACAAGUCUAACCGAUGGAAGUCAAACUAUGGAAUGACAAACGCGAGAGGGAAAUGUACGACAAUUUUGCUGAGCUGUACGCCAUCAUCAAGGCUACAGAAAAGCUCGAAAAGGCCUAUGUUAGAGACAUUAUUCCAUCAGCUGAUUAUGAAAUCGAGUGUCAAAAACUCAUAGCCCAUUUUAAAACGCUAUCAUCAACACUUAAAGAUACUGUACCCAGUAUUGAAAGGUUUCAUGAUACUUACAAAAUGGACUGCCCGGCGGCAAUGAACCGUCUCAUAGUCUCCGGAGUGCCUGCUACAGUUGAGCACAGGGCUGCUGCUGCGGCCUCUGGGGUGACCUCUGCUGCGAUUGUGGCAGAAUGCGUGCAGAAUUUCAUCACUGCAAUGGAUUCGUUGAAGCUGAACAUGACUGCAGUUGAUCAAGUUUUCCCUUUACUUUCUGACUUGUCAGGUUCGUUAAACAAACUGUCGAUUUUACCCCCAGAUUUUGAAGGAAAGACUAAGAUGAAGGAGUGGAUUGGGCGGCUGGCAAAGAUGGGGGCUGCAGAUGAGUUGACUGAGCAGCAGGCUAGGCAGCUUCAUUUUGACUUGGAAUCGUCUUAUAAUUCAUUUAUGGCUGCAUUGCCAACAAGCGGGGCAUGAUUGUUCUUGACAUGUGUGUGCAGGUAAUCUUUUAAGUUCAAAGUUUAGGUCUGUUUGUAAGUAUUAAUUUUGGGAUAUAGAUUCGUAUAAUGUGUUUGUGGACUCCAUUGUUUGUAAGGUUAUAUGAUAUACAUCUUUUGUAAUUUAUAUUUUAUUGUUUUGGAGUCAUACAUUUGAGAUAUUAUGAUCCCUCCUUGUUACAGUAAGAUUGCUUGCAGUUGCAUGGA